AUGGCUUGCGUCCACCCUAACGCGGUGGCUCAUCCUCUCCGCCCAUUCCUCCGCCGGCAAACAUCGCUUCUACACUCAGGUCACUUCCGCCGUCUCUUCACCUCCACCGGUCUCAAUACUUCACCCUCCAAUCGUCGUGAACGUCCUGUUCAGCCGGUUUUUGCGCAGCCUCGGCGAAGUUUCUCUUCAACGGCGAAAGAAGCAGCAGUAGCAUCUCCUGCUGAUUUGCUAUUCAAGUCGCCAUUAAAAAUAGUGGAGUAUCCUGACCCUAUAUUGAGAGCCAAGAACAAACGAGUUAACACGUUUGAUGAGAGCUUGAAAAACCUUGUGGCUGAGAUGUUUGAUGUAAUGUACAGAACGGAUGGCAUUGGGCUCUCGGCACCCCAAGUUGGGAUUAAUGUCGAGCUAAUGGUCUUCAAUCCAGUCGGUGAACGUGGUGAAGGAGAGGAGAUUGUUCUCGUAAAUCCACAAAUCAAGAGAUUUUCCAGAAAUAUUGUGCCUUUUGACGAGGGUUGUUUAUCCUUCCCUGGAAUAUACGGUGAUGUUGAGAGACCAGAUGCAUUGCAGGUUGAUGCACAGGAUAUAACUGGUGCAAGGUUUGAAGUUAACUUGACCGGACUUCCUGCACGGGUGUUUCAACACGAAUAUGAUCAUCUGCAGGGAAUUUUGUUUUUUGACCGAAUGAGUGAUGAAGUCCUCCAAACUGUUCGUGCAGAGUUAGAGGCCUUGGAAAAGAAAUAUGAGGAGACGACUGGAUUGCCAAGUCCUGAAAGAAUUGACAAGCGAAGAAGAAAGAAGAAAGCUGUUGGGUUUGGAAAACCAUGA